AUGCGGUCCCCAACAAAGCCAAAGGAAGUGCAAAGAUUAACAGGAUGUGUCGCCGCCCUAAACAGGUUUAUAUCAAAAGCAACCGACAAAUGCGUCCCCUUCUUCGAUACUUUGAAAGGAAGCAAGCGCUUUGAGUGGACACCACAAUGUGAAGAGGCCUUCCAAAAAUUGAAGGAGCAUUUGGGCAAGCCCCUAAUUUUGUCAAAACCAAACGUCGACGAGGAGCUUAGCCUAUACCUCUCCGUGUCCCAACACGCCGUAAGCUCCGUAUUAGUAAGAGAAGAAGAGAGGGUGCAACUGCCGAUCUACUAUGCUCUACAAAAGCCUGAAACUUCCGGUCGACUCCUCAAAUGGUCGGUAGAAUUAAGCCAGUUCGACAUAAAAUAUGUGCCAAGAACUGCGAUUAAUGGCCAAGCGCUCGCCGAUUUUCUGGCUGAGUUCUCUCACAGACCAGCUCCCACCGCAUCUGGAGAAGUUGAGGUUACAAAAUGGAAGAUCUACGUGGAUGGGGCGUCGAGCGAAAAUGGGUCAGGAGCCGGCGUCUUGUUAAUCAGCCCCGAAGGCUACAAGAUUACCUCGGUGGUUCGAUUUAAAUUCAAGGCGUCGAACAAUGAGGCAGAAUAUGAAGCACUAAUUGCCAGACUACGGUUAGCCAGCCACCUAAAGAUCGAAAGGCUCAGCAUCUUUAGCGAUUCUCAAUUGGUCGUCGCGCAAGUAAAGGAAGAAUACCAAGUGCGCGGUGAGAAGAUGGGAGCGUACUUGAGAAAUGUAAAGGAAGAACUCGUUAAGUUCAAAAACUACGAAAUACUUCAGAUACCACGGGCCGAAAACGCGAACGCCGACGCCCUGGCAAAACUAGCAUCUUCAAGAGAUUCUGACACCCUGGGGGUCGUUCCCAUCGAAGAAUUGGAGCGGCCGACCAUUAAAGAACAAGCUAAGGUAUUAAUUGUCCAAGCAUAUGGAAAUUUGAUGACACCGCUCAUCCAAUACCUAAUGGACGCACAACUGCCAGAUAAUAAAGAUGAAGCUAGACGGAUCAGGUAUAGAGCUGCUAGGUACUUAUUGUACGAUGGCUUGCUCUACCGACGAGGCUAUUCAACACCUCUACAGCGGUGUCUGGGUGAUGCCGAAGCCCAGAAGUUCCUCCGAGAAAUCCAUGAAAGAGUCUGUGGUAACCAUACUGGGGGACAGUCUCUGGCUCUAAAGGAUUUAAGGCAAGGAUACUACUGGCCCACGCUCAAAAAGGACGCUUUUCAAUACGCCCGACGUUGCGAUAAAUGCCAAAGGUUCGGGGUUCCCCACUCGAUAGUAUCCGACAACGGAAAGCAGUUCGACAAUGCCUCAACACGCAGAUUCUGUGAUAGCUUGGGCAUCCGGAAAGACUUAUCGGCACCGAUCCAUCCACAAUCAAAUGGACAAGUCGAGGCGGUCAAUAAAAUAUUAAAGUAUACCCUCAAAAAGAGACUCGACGAUCUGAAAGGGAAAUGGGCCGAGGAACUUCCCAAGGUCCUAUGGGCAUACAGAACGACGAGCCGAACUACUACGGGUGAAACACCCUUCUCCAUGGCGUAUGGUGUCGAGGCAGUGCUCCCUGUAGAAAUCGAAACGCCGACUCUAAGAACCGUCGUCCAUAACGACGAUGACAACGCGGAAGGCAUGAACGGGGAACUCGACUUGUUGGAAGAAAAAAGGCUCAACUCCUAA